AUGGAGCUCCGCUUGGCGGCUCGAUUAACCCCGCUCGGCAUCCCACUUUCUUUCUAUGAUCCCACUCUUUUGCUUGUCCAUCACAUUUUAUUCUUAAUCCCACUCUUUUCAUACUAUCCCAUCCUAUUCUUCUCGUAUAUACUCCAGUACAAACUAUCCGCAUAUUUGGAUCGGAAAAAAAGGCAAGAAGAGGCGACUAGACCAGAGACCCAGGCUCAAGACUUACCCCAGUCUGAUGAAAGCGACGUGGAGGAAACCCCGACGAGUGACGAGGAGAGCUCGGACGAUGAGGACAGCGGGGGCGAGACAGAGGAGAGCGGAGUGGACCCAGCUGAGGAGGAACGGCGUCGGGAAGAGGAGUGGGAAAGGGCCUUCACGAGGCGAGAGCUCGUGUUUCACGACCACUGGCGGAAAGAAUAUAGGAAGAGGUUGGAGCGACAUGAACCCAGGUUUGCGACACCAGGAUUCUGGAAAAUGGCCGAGGACGUGAUGAAGAUACACUAUCUCAUUACACAUGGUGCAGAGAAAUGGAUGUGCGAAGCUGAAUGGAUCCAGCUGCGCUCUGAGCAAUUGAUUAGGCUUCCCGCAAACAAGCUAUGUGAAAGCGACGGCGACAUCAAGCCCACUGACCGCCCACUGAUUCCAUUCAGUCCCGACAUUUAUAUAACUGUUGAGCAAACCCAGAAAGUCUUCUCUCAACAAGCAAUGCAGCCUUCUGUCUCAGUCACCAAACCUCAAAAGCUCCCCUCGGAUUGGUCCACGCAGCUGGGAGACCUUGACAUUCCACUGUCUGAUGCCAUUCACGAAGAGUGGGAGCUCUCUCUCGGAAUCGAUGUACGAGCCCUCGUCUUCGCCGCAAUGCACACCUUUGGCUUCAAUCCCUCUCACCCUGCCCCCCGACUCUCGAGUCUAACGUCUGGGGGGUACAAUGAAAUAUUCGUCGCGACCUUUGCAAGAGAGCCUGACGGUUAUGAUGGGCUCCAAGUCGUCAUCCGGAUACCCGCAAAGAACGAUCGACUGCUGGGUAGGAUGGAAGCCAACGUAGCUCUCAUGACCUAUGCGAAGUACUGUCGGGGUCUUCCGGUGCCCAAGGUCAUAACAUGGUGCGAUGGGACAAAGGAAGACGGAAAUCCCAUCGGCGCGCCCUACAUCAUGAUGGAGCACCUCGACAUGACCAAGCGCUGGCGUGUCCUUUGGGAUACUUAUACUCCCAACUGGGAAUUCUGGUACAGGAUGAUGGAUAUAACAUCAGGCGGACACGCUUCCUUGGCCCGACCGCUACCCUUUGAUGGUUUGGGUUCCCUCUACUUCUCUAGUUCCGUUGGCGACCACAAGCAAGGUCAUCAAAGGGAGACUGUUGAAGAGCUGCAGAAGGCGGAGACAUAUCGCUUGGACCCCUUGUUUUGGGUGGGAUAG